AUGAGCUCACUUGAAUAUCUUGACCUCUCUUCCAACCAAUUAAGUGGUUUGAUUCCCGAUGCUUUAGCAAACAUGAGCUCACUUGAAACUCUUGACCUCUCUUCCAACCAAUUAAGUGGUUUGAUUCCCGAUGCUUUAGCAAACAUGAGCUCACUUGAAACUCUUGACCUCUCUUCCAACCAAUUAAGUGGUUUGAUUUCCGAUGCUUUUGCAAACAUGAGCUCACUUGUAACUCUUGACCUCUCUUCCAACCAAUUAAGUGGUUUGAUUCCCGAUGCUUUCACAAACAUGAGCCCACUUGAAUAUCUUGACCUCUCUUCCAACCAAUUAAGUGGUUUGAUUCCCGUUGCUUUUGCAAGCAUGAGCUCCCUUGACCUCUCUUCCAACCAAUUAAGUGGUUUGAUUCCCGAUGCUUUCGCAAACAUGAGCUCACUUGAAUAUCUUGACCUCUCUUCCAACCAGUUAAGUGGUUUGAUUCCGAAUGCUUUCGCAAACAUGAGCUCACUUGCACGUCUUGACCUCUCUUCCAACCAGUUUAGUGGUUUGAUUCCGAAUGCUUUCGCAAACAUGAGCUCACUUGCAACUCUUGACCUCUCUUCCAACCAGUUAAGUGGUUUGAUUCUGAAUGCUUUCGCAAACAUGAGCUCACUUGCACGUCUUGACCUCUCUUCCAACCAGUUUAGUGGUUUGAUUCCGAAUGCUUUCGCAAACAUGAGCUCACUUGCAACUCUUGACCUCUCUUCCAACCAAUUAAGUGGUUUGAUUCCCGAUGCUUUCGCAAACAUGAGCUCACUUAAAUAUCUUGACCUCUCUUCCAACCAGUUAAGUGGUUUGAUUCCGAAUGCUUUCGCAAACAUGAGCUCACUUGCAUAUCUUGACCUCUCUUCCAACCAGUUAAGUGGUUUGAUUCCAAAUGCUUUCGCAAACAUGAGCUCACUUGUAAUUCUUGACCUCUCUUCCAACCAGUUAAGUUGUUUGAUUCCGAAUGUUUUCUCAAACAUGAGCUCACUUGCAACUCUUGGCCUCUCUUCCAACCAAAUAAGUGGUUUGAGUCCCAAUGCUUUCAGAAACAUGGGCUCACUUUAUUAUCUGGGCCUCUCUUCCAACCAGUUAAGUGGUUUGAUUCCGAAUGCUUUCGCAAACAUGAGCUCACUUUCAUCUCUUGACCUCUCUUUCAACCAAUUAAGUGGUUUGAUUCCCGAUGCUUUCGCAAACAUGAGCUCACUUGAAUAUCUUGACCUCUCUUCCAACCAGUUAAGUGGUUUGAUUCCGAAUGCUUUCGCAAACAUGAGCUCACUUGCAGGUCUUGACCUCUCUUCCAACCAGUUAAGUGGUUUGAUUCCGAAUGCUUUCGCAAACAUGAGCUCACUUGCAGGUCUUGACCUCUCUUCCAACCAGUUAAGUGGUUUGAUUCCGAAUGCUUUCGCAAACAUGAGCUCACUUGCAUAUCUUGACCUCUCUUCCAACCAGUUAAGUGGUUUGAUUCCUUAA